CCUUCAUUUCCUUCUCCGUUUGAAGACGAGCCCUUGGAUUGGUUCCUCCGUGCACGCCCUCUCUCACUUCCUCUUCCGCACCUCCCUCAAAAGUCAACAGUCAACUUGCAGAGCUCGCUGCCCUUCUCUCUCUCUCUCCGGCUCUGUAAAUUUUGAGCUGAACUUGCGAGAGAGGAAGACGAGGUCAGGGGAGAGCUCGAGCGAGCAAGCAGGGAUCAUGGAGGAUCUCUUCGGGUGGCUGGUCUCCUUCUUCGCCGCCGUCGCCCUCGUAGUCGUCGUUAUUUACCAGCUCAUGUGCUUGGCAGACCUGGAGUUCGAUUACAUAAACCCUUAUGAUUCUGCAUCGCGGAUUAAUGCGGUGAUCUUACCAGAGUUUAUUGGACAGGGAGUCUUGUUGUUGUUUUAUCUCUUGACAGGACAUUGGGUUAUGGCCCUGUUGUGUGUUCCAUACCUCUAUUACAAUGUGACACUGUACACUCAGAAACAGCACUUGGUAGAUGUUACAGAGAUAUACAACAUGCUCAAGUGGGAAAAGAAGAAAAGGCUUUUUAAGCUGGGCUAUUUAGUAAUGCUGCUCUUCCUCUCCUUAUUUUGGUUGAUCUAUAGCGCACUGGACGAUCAUGAAGAAUGAGGAUAUUCUCAUCCGGAAUUUUCACAUGUUCACGUGAUCUUUCCAUAAUCUUUGGGUUGGAUUCCUGAUUGAUAUGCUUUGGGUAGGAGGCAAGUUGCGCCUUUUCAGUCACUCUCAGGUCCUCCAUCUCUGCUUGGCUGUGCUGCUCUAUGCUAAGGAGUGUUCUGUUCCCUGUUCCAUCUGUCUUUGUGAUGUUCCGAGCUCGAGCAGGAGUUACUCAUGGAACUCCUUUCUGCCGAGGGUUGUAAACUUCAUUAGAUUAAGCAUUUGUGCAUUAUUUAUUCUGCAACUGGCUUUCAUUGUUGUUAAUUCUGGACUUACAAAUUCCAUGGGGAGCAAGGACCUCAGUUCUCAUAA